AUGGUAUCUGUCUCCUCUGAAGUCGAUAGCAGCUACAACCAGAUGACAACCAUAGCUGGCAGUGGCACAUCAUCUGUCCAAUCUAUUGCUGGAGCAUCUUCCAACGAGGCGUCCCAGGGCGCGCCAUCCCCUGAGUUCUCGACGUCCCGCAACUCAGAGGAGUCCUCCACGAGCUCUCGCUCCCUUCUACAGUCGCAGGUGGUAGUGUUCAGCUCGAACACAGUGCCCCAGUAUGGUCCCUCAGCCUCAUCAUCACUGAAUUCAGGAGGUCAGGACGGGUCGAUGAGCAUGGAUGGCAGCGUGUCCGGAUCUGGUGCAUCACCUAUUGGCCUCGGGGUACAGCAAACCUCUAGUUUCGACGAAUCAGGUAUCAGCGGCCAGACCAGCAGCAAUGCGGCCGGCUUGGGCGACUCCAGUAUAGCACCGGGAGGGUCCUACCAAGCCGGGCUGGUUAGUCAAACAACAACAGGCACCGUAACGCCGGCCCCAAGUGCAGCAGCUCCGGGGAAUCAGGUCGGCUCGGUCGGCUCGACCCGCGACAGUGGCAUUUCGUCCUCGGUCAUCAUGGAAUCAACGAUCAGUGACCAUGGAUCGGGUGGCAAUCAAAAUGAUCCAAGCAAUUCUGGGAACGGCAACGCAGCGAGUGCAAGCCAUGACAGCGCUGGUGCUUCGGGUAUCACCUCCGGAGCCUUGAGCUUUGAGCCAACAUCGUCUUUCAGCCUCCACAGCGUUUCUCCCACAGCCAUCAUUUCACCUGGCCCCCAACCAACAACGACCAAUGACGCAUCUUGGAGUGUACAAAGCUCAUCGAUGAACACUGACGCUGGUAUUGGCAACGGAUCUGGGAGCGCUGGCCAGGGUAAUCAACAGCUUGACCCGUCAUCCGACAUCUCUUCUGGCGGCAGCGGUCAACAAUCAGUAACUGGGACUGGAACAAAUGCUAUUCACAUUGCCGAGUCAGAAUCAAAGGAUUCGUCCACAUCAAAUGGGCCACCUAGGAGCACCGAUCGAGGUAAUCAACAGCUUGACCCGUCAUCCGGCAUUUCUUCUGGCAACAGCGGUCAGCAAUCUUUUACUAUGCCUCAAACUAAUGCUAUCUACAUAUCCGGUUCAGCCUCAAGGGAUUCGACCAUAUCAAAUGGGAUCCCUGGGAGCACCGAUCAAGGAAAUCCACAACUUAAUCCGUCAUCCGUCAUUUCUUCUGGCAAUAUCGAUCAGCAAUCUUUGACGACAGUCCAAACAAAGGCUACUCACAUGUCCGGGUCGGGAUCAAGGGAUUCAACGAUAUCCAAUGGCGUAUCUGCUACAGCUUCCAACCCCAACAUUGCAUCUCUCAGUGGUGGUUCUGUUGUCACCCCAUCAGUCGAUCCAAUUUUUUCUAGUGUCAGUGGGCAUCAGUCUGGUACCAAGGAGUCGUCGACCUAUUUGGAGGCUUCUACGAGCGUACAAGAGAACAAAUCGUCGUAUACCAACCUGCCACAGAGUCAAGGCAGCUCUUUAUCAGCACAAAUUGGCGCUACAAUGAUUUCCAAAGGCGCAUACUCAUCGCCUGGUAGCGGAAGCCUUUCUGCUCUUGGAUUUAACACGGCUCAUGAUGCUUCAAGAACUGGCAUCGUGUCUCAAGGCUUGACUCGAACUCGGCCACCAGAAGGGUCAUCAGAAACAUACCAGCACACCGGCCCCAGCCUAACUAUCAGCAGGCCUUUGGGCAACACAGGGACGGAGAAUUCGGAUAGUAACAGUAGAUCAGCUAUCACGAUGCCCGCACAGCUCACACCUUCCUCGUCAGACAUCUCUGGUGAGGCUGCUUCAAAUAUCACAGGUACUUCGCUUGUUGUCUCACCGGGGAACAAUUUCCAGCGCACUUCCGGGAGCGCUACCACCUACACGCCGCCAUAUGGGCAACUCCCAAGUUCCGCUGUUACAUUCGGAAGCCCGAGGCCCGAAGCCACCGGCAAUGACAACCCGACGGGUACUCGAACGGGAGACUUUAACCCAGGAUCCUUGUCGGAUGAGGCGCUGUCUACGACAAUCACCGAACCAUUCCAAAAGACCGAUAUUUCUACGGACAAGGAGGUCCAGCAGCGUUGA